GUUAAAGUUGAAAACCUGUAGAGCAGUUUACAUGAAAUUCAAGACCGUGCAACAAGCUUGGAGUCGAAGUUUCUUUAAAGUCAAGCUUCGAAUAUAGAGUCAAGUAAGUAGUUUUCUUUUCAAGAAAUUUUAUUCCGGUCCACGCAAAGAUCUACUCAAGGACUAUAUUUCUACAACAAGAGUUCUACACUAUAUGCCGAUGUACGAUUCUCUCGACAAAUCUGACUUCUGUUGUUCCUUCACAAAGGAAAAAGGAAAAUUGAGUCACUCAAUCAAUUUUCAAUUUCAGCUUCUUCAUUUUACCAAAGUUUUGGUUUGUAGAUGUCGUUUACGUCUCCUUGGAGUUAAAGCAGUUUUUUCGCCUCGGAUGUUGCAAAUGAAGCAUUUCUUCAUUGAAGCUGGUGGUUAAGUCCUAGAUUACGGUCACGACCGCAGAAACCAGUAAGCUCGUAUUGAAGCUCAUUGAGUCUUUGUUUCCACUGUAUUUUCGCAAUACAGCGCUUCCUAUGCAUAUGUACUUGAGCUAUUUUCAUAAUAGCGUACGUGCAAUUCCUUCCUAAUUCCUAAAGAGUCUGCUAUUUAUUUCAUACAUCUCUCUGUUCGCAAGGCCGUGCUUGAUUACCGUGACGUGUGCAGUUUCACUUCAGCUAGCGGCUGCCGAUCAAGUUCCCGUCCAGUUUAGCCGUGAGGCUUCAAAACUCUCAAGAUUGUUUAGCCGUUCCAUCCCGAUUGGGAUAGAUCUUUUGGAGCCCAAAAUCAAAGCAGAUACGACUUCGAUUUGCGGAAAGAUGCAUCUCUAUCAAGCGACUAAAUUUGCUUCGCAGUUAAAAUCAGUUACGCACUCGGCUGCGCCUCUUGAGGCACCUUUUCGUUCUUACCAAAUUUGAAGUUAUCUUUGAUUUAAUCAUUGGACAGAAGCACGGCAAAAUGGAAUCUAUUUGUUUAAAUGUACGCACAAAUGCGCACGCCAAACGUGAUUGAUAGCGUGAUGCAAUUCCUCUCUCAGAAGUCACGCUUAGGUUUGUCACCGAUCGCUUCCGUUUCUGCGCACGCAGAGACGGAAAUCACUUGUUGUUUGAUCACCAACCACCGCCACUUCAAUUUCUGUGUACGCAGAGACGAAAAUCACUUGUUGGCUGAUCACUAACUACUGCCACUUCCGUUUCUGCGCACGCAAAAACGGAAGUUGGUUACUCACUAACCACCGGUCUCAGUCACGCGACAAUGAUCACCUUACUGUUUGAGGAAUUCAACAUUGACUUCCUGCACACACACAACUCGCUAUUUUUGGAAACAGGAUAUUCGGAAUGGUUGUCUUUUCGCGGUUCCUUCCUUCUUUGAAAUUUCUAGAAUCUUUCAUUGCCAAAUGGGAUCGACGCUAGAAAAGCAAUUCUCUCCUUCUCUCUGGGAAAUUCUGUUAUGAGCUCUCAUUCCACACCAAAAGACGCCUUGUCAUUCAAUCAGCAAACAUGUAGAUUUGCUCGUAAACAGAAGCAUGCGAACCGUUAAAACCAUGGACCAGACUUCUUCUUGGAUUUUUUUACAAGCCUUGUGAAGUAUCCAUUAAAGUAAUUGGAUGUGGUAUGUCUAUUCACUCAUUCGGUAUGUUACUGAACGAAAACUUUGUGCAUUUUCUGAACUUCCACUUGUCAAUUGAGGAGGCUUCAUAGGGUUUUUGUUCGAUGUUGGCGCCCGCACAGGCGUAUUGUAUUUUUAGAAAAAAAAUUGUGUUUUUGCUUUUCUGGGUCACUAAAAGCCAUCAAAAGCGCGAUGAGCAAGGUUCGGACUAUCGUUUGCUGUAGUAAAUAUUAUCAAAAUGAUUUUUGUUAUUAAGCUAAGGCUCUACGAAGGGAGGCGAUAAUUUGGCUUUGCAUUUGAUUUUCUUCAAUUUACUUCGGUGAAAUCUCUCAAAGUUUUCGCAAUUUGUGAAAUUUGUCCAGCCAAUCAUUUAAAAGCCGAAGAAAAUAGAUUGGGGUUAUAGGGCAGUUUCCGCGCUAUUUGCAAUCUUGUGUAUUCUUCCUCGAUCUCAAAUGUGGUCUUAUGAACUUUUUUUUAUCAACAGGCACUAGGAAGGGCACAAAUAUGUUUAACGGUUCAGCAAAUCAUAAGGAAGGAAUCAAAUCGGAAUCGGAAGGAAACGCGAUUAAUCCUGCUCGAAAGAUCCUUAUUUUCUCUAUCGCAAAACGUUACGUAAUGAAUAAGUACUUCGCUAACAUCUAUAUCUAAGAAAGCGUUGAUUUUCGGGAUCUGUUGCCUUUUGGCAAUUUUUCCCACGGUGUUUUCUUUUCGGUUGACCUCUUUUUCAGGCGUACAAGGCCCAUGAAUAUUACGGGUGCAGUUGCUGGAAACCCUAGACUCCAUCACAUAAUUGUUUUAAGCACACCUAUAAUUCAAAUGACAAUCGUGCGAUCGUAUCGAGCCGCCAUGUUUGUUUUGCAUGUUGACACUUCUCAACCUCGCGCUAUGUUCGAACCGAGACCUCGCGGUUCGAAAUUUCACCAAAGUCUAACUCUCCUAUUCAAGGAAGCAGAACUGGCAUCUCUUUAGCCAUAUCGCGCUGUUAAACUGUUGAAGCAGUUCCCUCAGUAUCACAAUGAAUUUGAAGAGCUUAAGCUUUGAAUCGAUUGGCACGCUAGCAUAAUGCUUUAACAUAUAUUACAUGCUCUUUCCUGAUAUAUCUGUUUUCAACAAAAUACUCUCUACCGUCUGCUCAUCUCCCUGUUGAUCAGGCACGUAUAUAAUAUAUUUUGGUGUGAAAGGAGUCACCUUGUAGCACCAGCACAGUUUUGAUUUACUUUUGCUGCUGGAAUCUUUAUUUUGAUCUUGAUGACUUCUCAAAUUUCUGACAGAAAGGCAAAAAAUUGUCCAUUAAUCAUGCCCAAAUUUUGGUGAAUCCCAUGAUGUUUAUGGGCAACAGUCAAAUCCUGUAUCUGGUGGGAACAUUUUUUAUUUCUCAAUAAAACCCCUGACAAUAUUUUUGUAGCAUCUGUAAAUUCAGUCCCAACAAUACCCCGUUAGACACUAAGUUGGGUCUGUAAUGCAGAAAAGGAUGACGAUUUUUGCCAAUAUUUUGAAUGUCAUUUUGAAACAGGUCUACUUCCUGUUUUUGACUUUUUUAUUUAACUAAUUUCUUACCUCCACAAAAUCCUCGUUAUAGCUUUCAACAAAAUAGAACUUGACUUGUUUCAAAAUGAUUACAGCCUGUUGUUUAUUCUUGAUUAACAAUGUUGCAAUAUCCUUGGCCACCACAUAAAGUAACUAAACCUUUUUUUAUUUGGCUGAUUCUGUUGGAAAUAUUGUGUAGACAUUUAGACUUUUGAUCAAAAAGUAAUGUCUCCUACUACUGUACGUUAAGUUUGUUAUUAUACAGACUAAUUUUGAUUUUCCUCCUAGGUGUGAUUAUCAAUAACAAUGGAAGGACAAUCACACUCUGAGAGCAGGGAAGGGAUUCGUUCUCGCAAUGUUACAGUCCUGUUAGCUACUGAUGUUACCAAGCGAAAUGACCAAUUAUUUAUGCCAAACACAAUUGAAAUGGCACAAAUAAAAAAGAAAAAGAAAGGGCAGUAUGUAAGCGGAAUAAAAUUUUCUGACAAUAUGUCAGAAGAAGAAGUAAAAGGGAGAAUCCUUUCACAUUUUCCAAAUUUGAAAAAUCAAAGGUACAUAAUCAUAUAAUUGUUUGGUAUUCACUAUUUUAGUAUUUUACCUUAUCUGAGUGAAUGCUACAUGCAGUAUAUAAAUUAUGUACAAAUUAUGUGACAGUAUUAUAUUUCAGAACAGGGAAAAAUCACAGAUACAAAGCAGACUAUAGAAAUAUCAGUGCACCAAAUGAAAACCAAACUUCGAUUAGUUUGAUAUGUUCUGUUUAGUGUGAAUUUUUCAGUGACAAACCCUCAAAUGAAUGAGAUUAUUGUUACAUGUCAUAUAAGACACUGCAUGUAGUCAUAGUUUCUAUAUAUUAAUUCUGUGUUGUUACUCUUUAGUGUGUACCUUAUGCCAUUUAUUUUUUAUUCUUAGGUAAUAACACAGGAAUGCUGAUUUAGUUUUAUUAAAAAAGUCACAUGCCAAAAUAAUAGAAAAAUAACUAACCCAAUAAGAAUUUUUGCUCAUUGCUUUAUUUAUGGUAUGUUUUAAAAAUCAUUAAAUAAGGGUCAUCAAGGAGGAUGGGAAUACUCCUUAUAGUGGUGUACAAUGGCUUGUCCAAAAUGGAUAUGAUUUCUAGGCUUCAGUUGUAAAUUAAGGUGGAAUAUCUUAUUAUUCUUAACCCUUUGACUCCCAGAAGUGAUUAAUCUGAAACUUCUCCUCAUAAUGAGGAGAAGUUUCAAGUUAAUACAUAUUAUAUAUAUAGGAAGUCUGUGUUUUGAGUUUUCCAUUGUACAGUGCUCGAUGUGUAGAUUAGUAGAGUGUGAUGUAUAUUAAGAUAAGGAAACAGGCUUGUAGGGAUGAAAGUAUAGUCUCUGUUUUUUUCCCUAUCUCUUCAUAAUUAUAUAUGUGUAUAUAAGAAAUAAAAAUUGUGCCAAGUCCAUUGUUGAGUUAUAUAAGCACACUAGAAUUUUUAAGAACAUGGGAGAAGUGCGAAGAAGCAUGAACUAAAGGCGAGUGCUUCUUGCAAUUCUCAAUACUUUUGCAACAGUCAUAUUAAUUAUUGACUAGCAUGUAAGUUUUUAUUUUGUAAUUGCAAUUGUUCCUUUGUUUAUAAUCAGGUUUUUUUUUGCCUCUGCGGUUGAAAACCGAACAAGGCUGGAGUUCCAUGGUGAACCACGAGUAUGGGAUGGGCAAUUCAUGAAAAAGACCCUCGGAGGAAAUUCAGCCCUUUACAUCUUUACUGAGGUAUGUGGAAAAAUAAUAAGAUAAAGUGUUGUGUCAAGAAAAUAAAGGACAAGAACUGGAAAAUCUGAUUGAGUUAUGGAAAUGUGACAAAAUUUUCUGUUAGAGUUGAGCUGUUUAAUUGCGAAGUAAAAAUAAAGUUCAGUACGUUAUAAAGCUAAUAGAUAAUAAAAAUAUAUUUAUUUAUUUGUUUCUACAACUUUGGAAUAUUUAACAUUCUAUACACAGCAUAAUUAAUUUAUCAUUUGACCUUGUUUUGUCAUUUAAAGUCGUACUUGCUGUAUAUGUUUGGCAGUCAAAAUAUUGCAAUCAAAUGAUUGUGACUCUCUACUGGUAGACAAACAUUCAAUCCAGAUUUAUUCAUUAAAUAAUUAAGGAUUGUAAUUUCCAUUCCUUGAGAAGCUGCCUUGUCUGAGUGCACCACUGUGUAUUGCAUUGUUUUAUAUACCUGCUGCCAAUUGAUAUAGAUAUUUGUAAUACUUUUGACGAGUGAACAUCCCUGGACUCUGCAGUAAAUAGAAAGCUCAGAUGGCAAACAUUUUGUCCCAUGUGCUGCAAAAAUAUUUAAAGGAUAUUGAAAACAGUAACCUCCAUAUGGCACACCAAUAUGCUUGGAUACGUGUGUAUUUGUCCUUGGACAUUAUCUGUUCCUAGCAGCUCAAAGUUUUCCUUGAGCUUCAUUCACUAGGAAAUACCUGAGGAUAGUUUCUGCACCAAAUUAAAUGGAGGCUGUUGUUUAUACAUAUGAUUGUAUAUAUAAUUGGUUCUUUACAGAUGACAAAUUCUGAGUGGUCAGAGACAUUGUCACAGAGGCCAACUGUUCAUACACAGUCUAGGAAUUUUGCAGGUAAUUUGUAUAUUCAAGAGGAGUGUCUGAGUGAUCUGUAGUAAUGCCAUAUUACUAGCUGUCUUCCAAAACUGUAGAGGUUAGCUUUUUAUAUACCCUUUCUAGCAGCACAAAAUAUUAUACACUGUAUAUUAACAUCUGAUUUUAAGGUGCACUAAAGUUGUGCAAAUUUAUCCAGUGUACAGCUUGAUUGCUUGUAGCCUGGAAACCAUAUAAUUAAGAAAUAUAAAGGUGAAUGCAUGAUCAAGAAAAAUUUUGAGACAAGGGCUUAAUGUUGAAACAAGCUCUUAAUUUGUUGUUAGGGGUGAAAAAUGUAUGAACAUCUUAUUUGUAUGUGAGUUAAACAUUUACUGGACUUCAUGGCCAGAAAAUUUCAUAGCUUUAAUUGUAUUGAAAAUUCUGAAAGUUGUAUAGGCAUUGAAUACAUUAGUUUUAUUAGCUUAUCUACUCUAAUUCACUUAAUUCACUCAAGGUUUUAGUAAUUUCACCCUAAAGGAUUAGCUUUGGACUUAAUGUUUUCUCUGAGUUUAUGGCUGCUCUAAGUACAUGUCAAGUUUACUGACCUAAAAGAUUGAGCCAUAUUGAUGGGUUGAUUGAUACAAAAUUUUCAUGCUCAGAAAUACAUAUUAAGAAGAUUGCAAUACAGUUAAUCCCAUAUAAUUUCUGAGAACUGAGACCUGACCGUACAUUGCACAUAAAUCUUUCAAGAAUAAUUUCUAUGUACUUGGCUUCCAGGUAAAAAAUCAGGAAAAAGAAGGAAUGAUGGAAGUGCCUCUGCAGUUGUAUGCAAGAGGGCAAAGGAAUGCAGUGCCACUGGUGUAUCACCAAUUGGCAAUUUAAAUACUCCCAUGCUGUUGCAUUUUGUAAAUGUGCCACAAAAUGGACCACAGGGCCACAGGACCACAACAACAACAACAACAACAUCCCAAAAGAACAUCAGUUCACAAAACGUUUAUUUAGACAGAUUUUCCAAAGCAACUGACUCUCAGAGAUAUGCCACUCCAGUUGCAUAUACAUGUACCAGAACAAGCAGCACUAUUGUUCCAGGCCACCAGACACAAGCUUCUGGGGGCAUUUUACCAUCAGCCCAACCUCCAGUUUCUAUGUCAUCUUCUCCUCAUCUUCGUAAUUUUAGCAUGCAAACCUCAGUUCAGGAACACCAAUCACAGCCAAUUGUUUCAAGGGCUCCUCAAAGACAAUUAUACCAUUGGGUUCAAGAUGAUUUAACUGUCAGGAAAGAUACCCUCAUUGCAUUACAGCUGGGAAACAGUAUUCCAGUUACAAAUCCAACAGAACUUCAAAAACAGAUUCAGACAGGAUUAGAUCAGCAGUACGUUUUGCAAAACACAAAUAGUUUGCUACCAGGAACAACUCAGGAUGCUAGGAAUAGUAUGGCAAGUAUAUGA